AAACAUGUUGAAAUUGAUCGACACUUUAUUAAGGAAAAGAUUGAAUCUGGGUUAAUAUCACUAAAUUUUGUUCGCACAAGUCAUCAGAUUGCAGAUAUCUUAACUAAGGCAGUUCCACGGAAAUUGUUUGAUGAAUUAAAAUCCAAGCUUGGUAUGUUUGAUAUCUACAACCUAGCUUGAGGGGGAGUGUGGAAAACUAUUCAAGAUCAGAUUUAUGUACAGAGAAUCACUGGUUUUCAGGGAACUGCUACCUGUUUUUCAGGAAUUAUGUUGGCUGAUUUCAUGAAUCAAACAACCAUGAGUUGUGCCUGAUUUUCUGGGUUAGAUUGACAGCUAUAUAUAUUAUAUAGAUGUGACAUCUUUUAAUAGCUGUAAAGUUAUUUCUUCACUUGUGUGUGUCUAUAAAAGAAUGUAUAUUUCCUUCUUCUAUGUAUACAAUUGAAAAAUAAAAUUAUCCUUUCUUCUCCUAAAGAAUUUCAGCAGAUUUUGAGUUAGAGGUCCAAAAUGAAUAGGCCUACUUCAGACUUAUCUAUUGUUCAUGCUGGAGAGACUUCUAAGUUAAUUGACAAGGUUUUUGAAUGAGACAUGGCUGAAGAGAUUGCUGCCCUCUAACUGCAUUUCACAGUUCAUGCUUCAGUGCUGUCAUACUGAUCUGGUGUUGAAACUUUUGGGUUAGAAUGUUUGAGCAAAUGUCUGGGCAUGAGAAUGUUGUUGGUGGGAAGCUGAGGCUCAAAGGGAAAGCUUUAACAGUUAAGGAAGGGCUGUUGAAGAAGAACAAGAAGAAGAAACAUAAGCAUCAUUAUGAUCAAGAAAUUCAAUCAGGUGGAAUAUCAUCUGAUCCAAAUGAGAACAGGUUGGAAGAUGAAGAUUAUCAGCAGAUGCAUGACGAUUACUUGACACCAGUGGAAAAAAUUAGAACUCCGCCGGUUAUCAAAGACAGCCAACAAAUCACAUCGUGAUCGAAUCCAGGAAUUCAACCAAUACUUGGCAAAUCUUAGCGAACACUAUGACAUUUCGAAAGUUGGUCCUGGUUAACAUGAAUAUAUCUCUUGUCAAGAUUUGCUUUCUUCUGUACCUUGCGCACACUGUUGUAACUGUAUUUUUCAUUUUAUUAAGUAAAGACUUAAUUCCUGAAAAAUCAA